CCGCGCAAUCUUAUCAUUGGAUUGUCUCAAGUAACGCUAUUAUACUUAAACAUGCGCGUGCGCAGCCUUCAGUGUUGAAACGUUCCGCGCCACGAUAGGACAGCGUCGAGUUUGUGUAUUUUGUUUUUUUUUUUCGUAAAUAAUUUACCGGACACAUUUUAACUAAAAUGCUCCGGUACCUGAUUCUGUCGUACUUGGUUGCGCUGUCCAGCGUUUCAUGCGGAAACUCUCUCACAAACGAAGUCAUUGACGACCAGGAACUAGUGUUCGCUUUGGUUGUAAACAGACAUGGCGAGCGGUCACCUGACGCUGACGAACUGUCUCUCUCCGACCAGCAAGAGCUGAUCCUCAAUCUCACAUACAUUGAAGGACCAGAGGGCUUAACUAAUGUGGGAAAACGUAGAGCCUAUCAGAUAGGGAAGUUCUACCGCCAAAGGUAUGGCUCUCAAGGCCACAAGCUGAUCUCAAACAUCUACCGUCAUGAUGACAUAGCCAUCAGAAGUACUGAGAAGGAACGGACGAAGAUGACUAUCCAAGUGGCCAUGGCCGCUGCCUACCCUCCGGAACCUGAGCAGCAAUGGGAUGAAGGUCUCGGGAAGGUGUGGCAGCCCGUGCCAUAUUCUGCUGUGCCAAUAGCUGAAGACUAUCUCCGCUACUACUCAAACUGCAAGCGCUUCAAGACUCUGAUGGCGGAGGCCCAAGCUAACUCCAUGUCUGACGAGUUCCUCCCCUUCCUGGACCUCAUCCCUCUCAUCAAGAACAAGACUGGAGAGGACUUCACCGGCAGACCUAUUUGGUUUGAGACCCUUUAUGACCUGUUUAGGAGUACUAUUGGGCUGGGUCUUCACCUCCCUGAGUGGGCAAAGCCUAUCCUGGGCAGGUUGGGUGAAGCUGGCAGACUUGCCUACAGGCUGUACUUCAGGACAGAUGAGAUGAAGAAGAUUGGCGGUGGUGUCUUACUAGACAAAUUCGUGACAGCAGGCAACGACUUCAUAGCAGGAAAGCAGGUGUCCCAGAGGUUACGGCUCUUCUCUGCCCAUGACUUCAAUAUCGGAGCCUUGAUGGAAGUCGCCAAGGUGGAGAAUGACCACAGCAUCCCUGAGUACGGAGCUGUGUUCGCCCUGGAGCUCUACAGGUCUAGGAGUACAGGAGCUUACAGUGUUCUGCCGAUGUACCUUCCAAAGGCAGGCGAGAGCUCUGCCCAGUACCUCAGGAUCAAAGGCUGUGGCAAUUCUAGUCAUUGCAACUUCAACACUUUCAGGGAACUCACCAAGGAGUUCCUACUGCCUGAAAAGGAGUUUUACACAAAAUGUGACAUCAAAACUGAAUUAUAAAUAGUUCUAAGUUCGAAGUAUUAAAAUUUAUUUAUACGUAAAAUUAAAUAUACUUACCGUAUGGGGAAACCUCUUAUGACUUAUGUGUGUGAAUCGAGUAAGAGACCCCGCAGAUUUACAAUUUCAAGUUGGCCGACUAAAUCGCAGAGUAUACGAAUAGGUAUAGUGGCAUAUGCUAUCCCGCACAUCUUGUCCAACUAAAUCGUCCAACUAAUUAAUUGGACACCGAUCGUAUCACAAUCAAUUAGUUAAUUAAUUAAUUAUUAAUUAAGCGAUUAGAGCGUUUUUUUCCGCAUUUUCACGCACACGCACCACGCUAGCAAUACUGUCACUGACUAAAUCGAAUAAGUCAGCGGCUGGUAACCAAUAAAAUAAAGUCGGUUGAUUUAAUCAUAAAAGUACACAAUUUAGUCGUUCGAUAGUUGGCCAACUUACAAUUGUAUGUCUGCGGGGUCUCUUACAAGUGACAGUGGUAGCUGUGUCAGCAAAAAACUAACUAGAAAGUACACCGAAUUGUCUGCUCUUAAACAUCCACCCGCAUAUACUCCAGUUCAUCCAUGAUCAUGGCGCUUGCAACAGUGCCGAAAUAUCGGAAACUCAUAGACAGAAAUAAACAUGGUAAAUAUCCCGUCUUAAGUUCUUAUGUUAUCUUAUGACUUAAUUUAAACUUCAUAUUUGUUAUCAUCUUGGCUGACGAUAUACGAAAAAUUUGCGAAAUAGGCCCAGUAGGUAAGCCAAUAAGUGCAUUUUUCUCUUUGAACUAAUUUGAACACUCUUUACAAAUACGGCAUUGCAACAGCCGCGCCACAUGUCCGUAACAUUUCUAGACAACCUACAACAUUACAGCUCUUCUGUGAUCAAGAAACAUGGAGCUGUUCAUACAGAAUUUAAAACUUGAUAACUUUAAUUACCUAUUUACCUAUAUUGUUUGAAAAUUUCAAUUAAUUAAUUUUCAGUUUUCAUUGAAAUAUUUAGUUGUAUUAUGCUUCUGUAGACUAGUAAUACUUGUAGUUUCAUUUAAGUCAUAUGAGUGAUCUCCAUACUGUAUUAAAAAAGAAAGAAAAUUACCGAAAUAAAAUAAAAUUGUUUUACAUAUUAGGUAUAACGAGUCAGUCUUUUCGGUAGAGUUGUAAGUCGCAUCAAGUUUUUGAUUCGUUUGGUUGAGCAAAGUAUUAUUGCUUAAUACAAUUCUGUCUGCCCUGUCCUAUUUAUUUCAAUGAAGCGUCAUGUUUCAUUUUUGUAAGACAUCUUAAGAUUAAGGCACUCUACCGACAUUACUUCAAACUUCUAAGUAACUUCACAAGCUACAAGUAAAUCGUUUUGUUACCAAGAGAUGGCGCUGUUUUCAAAUGUUUAACUUGAGACAAAAUAUUAGUUUUUGCAAAAGCGCCACUGUAGCAUAGCGUGAAGUUAAAACCAAUUGUCUGUGAUAUUAAUGAAUGUACUCGAAAUAUUUGUACAAAUAAACAGUUUUAGUAUAAGUC